AUGUUGGCGGUACAAGUGGAGGAGGUUCAGUGUCGUUCUCAGUCUCAUCCAGGCUGGAAUCGCGGUGAUGAACGCGUCUAAAAUAUAAAACUAGCAGUCGCGUUCGAACAUCAAGAAUCAAUAUACGUAUAUAUAGUGAGUGAAACAUUCCGACCGGGGGGUAGGACAGUGUGGUGUGUGGCGAUUUAAAUUAGCUGGAAAAGGUGACCACUCCUACUUACCAUCGUCAGCUAAAGAAAUCAAUUUGCUAUUAUUUCGAUUAACUAAUAGCGAUAUAUAUUUAGCGAUGCGGUAAACGGCAAUUAAGAAUUCCGUGAGAAACGCGUGAAGUUAUGUAACGAUAACGUAUCAAGGUGUGUCCCGACCGAUUCUCCCUCCCUGAACCGAUUACUGUCAAUCACCAAGAGUCAACGUCCCUUGUUAUUAAUAAUCGACUAUGGAUUUCAUUCAUUCGAUACGAUUCCUUCUAUCCGAGUGUCGGCGAACCAGAUUAUUUCGACGCUACUGGUCGUAAUAUCGUUGACGUAAUGACCAAAUAUAAAAGCGGAGACAGAGACAUCCCGAGAACAGAUAACGAGCAUCGCGUUGUUGCACUCUUUUCCACAAUGCCAACUAAAACAUACAGACGGGCGUUCACUUGGGUCGGAGAGAGAUAAGAGGGAAACGAGUCCGUUUCGUCUUGUGUAUCCGCGAUCGCGUGCGUACUUUGUUAUCGAAUAUAACGAUGCAGUCGCACGCGAAAUUCGCUUGGCAAGAUUCCUAACCAAGUUGGAACCGCUUUCUACUAAAAUAGAGGUCUCAGGCAUCUUGUAAAUUAUAAAAGCAAAAUUCACGACUUUUAUAUAUAUAUAUAUAUUUUUUUUUUCUUCUAAUCAUGUAUAUAUGUAGAGAGACUAUUCUUCAGAUAUUAAAAAGUAACUAUCUAUCUUAGUUUUAAUCGUAUAGUACUCGUUCAUCAAAGAAUACCUGUCUGUCCUAGUUCGUCAUAAUCUCGAAGCUAAUUACAGUGAAAUUCUUCGCUUCUGACUCGUACUUCAAAAUUAUUCAUUAUUAAUUUCAUUUCAAAACGAAGACGAGUAAUUUCAGAAGGUCAACAAUUCUUCACUAACUUUAUUAGAAGAGAGAGAGAGAGAGAAAAAAAAAAUCUAAUCACUGAACAAUUUAGAAGCGAAACAAUUUAGAAAGCUGCUAUUAACUUCGACGAGGCUUAGAAUAAUUAACGUUGCCAUGCUCCACGAACAUCCCACCUACCUACUUAAUUUUAUCAGACAUUGUGUUCAUCGCUGAACAGUAUCUUGGACAGUAUCGCUCGCACGAUGGUUUUAAUAGUCUGUCAAUAAUCGUUCGGCACAAGACUGUGUUGUUAGAAUGGACCCCACGCCGGGUUUCAUUUCGGCUGCAGCCAAGGGUGAAACGCAGUUUCAAAGAUAUAUUGAGAAGGGUGACUGCGUGCUCCCGUUGAACGAGGAGAUCGAUAUAACACAUGCGCCCUACGGCACAGAUUCCUCGCUGAAACCUCGCGUUCAACAGCUUUUCAGCUUGUACACAAACCACAGUGUUCCAUGUUCCAUUCUGUCGCCAGUCGGCUCGAUAUAUUCCUCCUCGCGAUAAAUCCUCGUCUUGGCAAGUGUGAACUUUGUGAGUCUUAUCAGUCGUAUAAAUCGAUUGAUCGUCGCUGAUUCAUUCGUUCAACCUGCGGAACGAUGCAACAGUGAUCACUUUUAUUCGUUCUGUUCGGAGACAUUACGCGUAAUUAGGCUCGCUGCUUCGAGUAUUAUUGACACGGUGAGUUUGCACCUGAACGAGCAAUAUUGUUGUAAUCGAGAUAGUACGUAAUGCUACAUUGUUGGUGGAUCGAGUUUGAUCCUCCCCUUCAUUCAUACUUGCGGGAAAUUAGUAAAUAUUUGGGGCGUAGCAGAUUUUAUAGUGGAAGUAAUUGCGUUGUGAUGUUAUUAAUAGAUUACGGAUUUUCAUGCAAACUCGUGCUUUUGUAACUGUUAAAUAUAGAGGAGAAUCCCUAAAUAACGUUUCGUGUCGUAUAUUAAGCAUCACGAUCCAUCGUCCUGGAUUCUUCACUUUGAUUCCACUUUAGAAUCUUUAUUUUAGAUACGUAUUUGAUCCUUCAUUUCUGAUAUUUUUUAACCUUCGAUAUUCUUCGCUUCGGAUUAUUCAUUUUUUUUUCUUUGAAUUUCUUACGUCAGAUAUUGCAUAUAUAAUUUUGCACAUUGUACACAGCUUGUGUGGAUUUUUCUUUCCAAUUUCCCGCGAAUGCACAUUACGCCUUGCUGUAAUUAUUAAUAUUAUUAAAAAUAGUUUCUUUCGCAGAAAGAUCCAGGGGAACAAAGGUCAGUGCCAUUUGAAAAUUUGCGUGUCAAAUCAGAGUCACCUGAGUACAUAAAAUGCGUUCGUUCGACACCUGAUCGGUAUUACUCAAUCGCUCCCCGCUUCCUGUUCCUUGCUAAUUGUGCUAACACGAAUGCUGUCGUAAUCUCUAUUUAUAGUCAUGAAAUAACAACCUGUCUAGCUUAAUGUUGGCCUUCCAUCAUUCGUACCGUUCCUACACGGGGAAAGACGAUUGCGAGGAAAAUUGUUUCAAAUCUGACUGUGUCGCGAUUGAUUGCGCGUAUCGAUGCAAUCGCGAUUCAUUGACGAAGUGUCAAUGUCGUCUGACGUGAAAUAAGAUCAGGUUAAAUUUUAUUCAGGACCGAAAGCUAGUUUUUUUUUUUUUUAUGAAAUAUUCUGUUUAUAUGAAUUUGUGAAUGUAUAAUUUAUACAGAGUAUCCCAAUAAUCGUGAUGCAGUUUCAUACCAGAAAUUAAAUUUAUUCGUACGAUGCUUUUUCGAGGAAGUCAAGUUUAAAAAUUUAAAUUUAACCAAUCGAGUGCUUAAAGUUAGCAAAAAUCUACAACUUUAGUAUCGGGAUGGUAAAUUAAGAAUACAUUCAUUUUUACAUAUUUAUUCAAUAUAUUGUAAUAGAUUAUAUUCUUUGAACCUUUAACAAGUCAUUAAAUUAUUAAUUAUUAAUUAUUUUAUUAUUGAAUAUAUAUAUACAAUACACUGAACACUUAAAGUAUAUUAAAUCUUGAUAUGUGAAAAACAUUUUUUCAUAUUAUGCUUCGAGAGAAGGUAAAUACGAAAUCUUCUUAAAAAUAAAAAAAAAAAAGAAGACCUUAAAUUCUAUUCUAUAUUUUCCAUGUAUUUUUUCACAUAGAACCGUCAAUUGAAUUUUGAUCGCUAGGAUAUCCUGUGUAAUUUUAUAAUGUAAUAGAAGCUCAUUGGUUUCCUAUUUAUAACUUUUAACUAUAACUAUUUAUAACUUUUCGUUUAUACAUGUAUAACAAGAAUUCGUUUUCAAAUAAAUGAACAGAAGUGAAAUUCUUGGGAAAAGAUGCAAUAUGCAAUAUAAUAUAAUUUCUUGACCGAAUGGAACGCAAACGAUCGAUCUGAUAGAUAUGAACAAGAUUGUUCGCUAAUUUUGAACGCGGGAAUGUUUGUGGACAGCUGCUGAUAAAUUAUGAUUUUAUUAGCUUCGCUAAUAUUAGCUCCGGUUUUCGAUACUUCACCAUUCGAGAGGAGCACUUGAUGGCUUUUAUUGGCUUUAUAUAUUCGUGAAAAUGUAAAUCGUUAAAUAAAAAGCGUAACAUAUAAAUAGGAAAAGUUUUACAAUUCAACUCAAGUUAAAAUAAAUUUGAUAAUAGAUGGUGGAGGGAUUUAUGAUUUAGCGGAUGCAGAAAAGAGAGGGGAAGAAGCAAGUGCUUAAUUAAAAUUCAACGACACUUGAUAUUCAAUCAAAGUGAUCAACUCCGAUCGAGGUUGAUCAUUUUUCGAGAACUCAACAAAUAUUUCGAAAAUAACCAAAAAAAAAAAAUCACAGUAUCGUGAAAUCAUUCGAAUUGAAUAAUUUAAUAGAAAAUAAAAAUCGUGUAAAUAAGAUAGAUUUCACACGUUACAGAGUGAUUAAAUAAAUUAGCUUUAAAGACAGGUUUUUUGACCCCUUUAUCUGGCUUCAUUCUUUAAAAAAAAAUCACUCAAAGUAAAAUUUUUAAAUUCUAUGUUCAAAAAAAAAACAAAAAAAACAAUCAGUUAAAUUUAGCAGAAGACAUUUCUCUAUGCUACUAGGAUAUAGCAAAUCUUCGAUUGGUAAUCAAUUAAACGAUGCACCAAGAGGUACAAUUUUUUAAACGUCAAGCAGCUUGAUUCUCAUUAUUUUUACAACAAGGCCUCCCAGUUGGAAGUCAGAUAAAAUUUAUCAGAGAAUAUACUUCUCCUCGGGAACGUAGAAAGUAAAAUAAGACCUGAAGUCGUAUUCCAUUGUAGCUUUGAAUCCUUUAUUCGCAACAAAUGCCUCGAGACACAAUACUGUUCAACCAAACCAAUAUGGAAGAGUAUCCAACUAUACCCAAUAGUCAAUCGACUCUCUCCUGUCCCGUCAUUGAAAUACCGUGGUGAUUAACUUAAUUGGGGAAUAUUGUUCGCAACUCGAUGAGCAUCUGGCAAAAAAGAUUAUUCCAAGACGAGGAAUUGGCAUCGAUUUAACGAACAGAAUUAUCAUUCGACAGGUGUUAAUUAGCGGAGAGACAGGUUUUCAUUGCCUACACAUCCUACGUGAAGGAGGUUUACAUAACUUAUGUGUAAUUUACGCCGAUUAAAGGACACUAUUCGAUCGCUGAUUAGCACGUACAGUGCCAAUUUUAUUGGAUCGCCUACGGGAAUUAUGUCGAAUCGAUAGCUCACGUUACUUGACCUCAAAACGUCACCGAUAUGUCUACCUGGACGUUAAUGGCGUGUAGAUAAAUUCAGCGUUUCUUUUACUCAAACUUGACCCUCAUUCACUCACUUUCCAUCGUACGAUGCAUCUUUAAUGCCGGAACUACUAAAUCGGUCGUUUUGGAGACUAAAAAAAAAAAAAAAAAAAAAAAAGAAGAAGAAGAAAUUCAAACGUUUCUAAAAGAUCUUCGGCUCGAAUCAUGAAAGAUUUCUCAAUAUUUUUAGAGAAAUUUGAAUUUUGAUAAUUUUCGAGAUUAAAGUCUUUUUCUUUCUCGAAAAUUGCAAAAAUGUAUGUAAAAUGUAUUUUUGGUGGUCGAAUUACCAUGAUGUUGAAGAUUGAAGCUUUUCCUUUGUGACGACGCAGUUAGUGCACGAUUUUUAUUCACUAUUUUAUUUUUAUUGACCAUCAAACAUUAUAACGAUGAAAAUUCGAAAAAUCUGCAAACUUCGUCUCGUUUAAUCCUAAUGCUCAACGUUCAACAAAAGGGCGAAGAAAAAUCGUACAUCAAGUUUCAGGGAGUCGUUGUAAAGGAAAAAUUUCAAUUUCAAUUUCAUUCGCACGUUUGAAUUUAUGUUCGAGAACUUUCUCAAUCGCACGAUGUGCAUGAUGUAAAAGUAUCUUUCGAAAAGGAGCGAACUCACUACCAUUAAAGUACAUACUUCACGCUUUAAAAUGAGGCCAUGAGAUUGUUACGUAAUUUUUUUUCACAAAGUUAAUUUAAUUUAAAAUAUCAACAAUUUUUCCAUAAUUAUCUACAUACAGGUAUCUAAAAAUGUUCGAAUGUUUUUGUGUGCCCCGUGUAUAUUUAGACGGAGAAUAUAAUUAACUUUAGUCCUUUAAUUUCUUCAUGUUGUGAUAUUUCAGGCGUAAACAUGCAAGCCGAGAAGACGGACAAUGAAACCGAGAAAGUAGAGAAAAACGACGCCCAGGCGGAGAAAAGUGAAGAUGAAAAGAAAGAGGAAAAAUCAGCGGAAGAAACUGUGGCUAACAAGGCAGCGAACUUGAAGAUCGAAGAUGAAACUGGAAACUCAACGCCUAGCAGUCCUGGCGCCGCUCCGUCUGGAAGCUUUCUGGCGAGUUUCAAAGCUUUCUCGAAAUUCGGUGACCCAAAAAGCGAUGGCAAGCUGAUUACGUUGAGCCAGAGCGACAAGUGGAUGAAACAGGCGAAGGUGAUCGAUGCAAAGAAGAUCACUACUACUGAUACAGGGAUUUACUUUAAGAAACACAAAUCUACGAAAUUGGGCAUUGAACAGUACAAAGCGUUCUUGGAGGAACUGGCCAAAAGUAAAAAGGUCGAUUUAGCAGAGAUGAAAAAGAAAAUGGCGAACUGUGGACCACCUGGAGUUAGCAGUGGCGCUGGAGGAACUGGGAAAGCGGCCUCCACAGUGGACAGACUGACGGACGUCAGCAAGUACACAGGCUCUCAUAAACAGCGUUUCGACGAGAGUGGCAAAGGCAGAGGAAUCGCCGGUCGAAAGGACCUGGCUGAUCAGUCUGGCUACGUGCAGGGCUAUCAAAACAAAGACACCUACAACAAAGCCCACUAGUUUGAGAGAUUCGCGCGUUUCUGUGAUGUCUUUCGACACUGUGUUGUCCCGUCCACGCACUUCACACGAAACGCCCACGUGUCGUCGCGUUCUUGUCUCGUCGAAGUCAGUCGCGUUCCUCGACCGGCGCACCUGAUCCUCUUGUUGCAGCCUGUUGACACGCUGGCGACAAUCGAUGCAAGCAAUCAAUCGAUGUGACACGCGAUGCUCGGGCGAACGCGUUGGAAGCUCUCCUCGAUGGCGAUACCUUUCAGACGACCCAACGAAGAAACCAAUCAAGUCAAGAAUUUCGUUCUCGAGACUCGAUUUUCUUCGUGGCGAGCAGCGAUUCGAGGAGCUGGUGGUGGUUUCUUGGGCGAUGGUCACGAGGUCACAUAGGUCAUAGAUGAUUCGACGAAGCGUUCUUGCAAGAUAGUUCGUGAAACAUCUGCGAGUCGAGCUGAUUUUAACGAACAAGGCACAUUCUUUUGUUACUAAUCUCUUGGAUACACAUUCUCCAUAGGAAACAUCGUUCGAACUUCUGGUACUCUAAAGUUCGUACUUUAAAAAGCAUCGUGCGCUUCGUUUGCUUUGCACUCCGUGACUUCGCUUUUUAUUGGACUGGAUUGAUCUUAAUCGAUGCAUUUCUCCGACGUUUUGUUUCCCCUUUGGAAUCUAAAGCGUGGGCAAUUUUGUUGUACCGAUCUCUCGUUUGAAUUGAUCAUUCAGUUGAAACGAUAAUACGAGAAUGAAAGAAGAUCUACAGUGGCUCAGGUAUUGAAAUUCUGUUUCUAUUUUCGAACGAUUGGAAUUAUGUGUAUUUUAAUUACGUACGAUUUUAACUUAAUAUGACACACUCUCGUCUCGUUUCUCUUUAACGUAUCGUACAAAAAGUCGGCACACUGACAGGGUCGCAAGUACAAAUAUUUUUUCCUUGUUUCUCAAACGAAGGCGUAUUCAAUCGAAAGUUCAAAUGCUACCCGUGACACUUAAGCUUCGAAAUUCUUUUUAUACGCUACUCUACGAUCGUAUUUACAUUACUUACAUAGAAAGGAUCGUAUACAUUAUGGCAAUAUAGAUUUACGCGAACACUAGUCAGAGUUAGUUAAACGGGAAUUUUAUGGAAACGACAAAAUCGAUGCUGCAGAGCAGACAAUUUCUUCUAUCAGGUUGAGUAAUGAGGUUCAUUCGCUCCUUAUUUGAAAGAACGCAUUUAGUGUGAAAUCUUUCCGAUCGAUUUCACAAUUUAUUCAUUCAUUCAUUUGCCUCUGUCUACGCAGUAUUCACAGUUUUUAUAAUUUUCAGACGUCGUGAAAUACACUUGCCAAUGAGAGACGAACGAACUUGUUACUCAACACUUCUGUAUUACGCGCGCUAUAUAAUCUCUGCUAUUCUCUCGGAGGAUCACCGCUCGGGUUUUUGGUGAAAAGUUAUUGUGAGAGCCCUCUUGCACAAUGAUCGACUAAUUAAUAAUAUUAGUAAACUGACAAGUCAAGUGAAAUGAAGUGAAGUUAGGCAAGUCGUAGCUUCCUCGUUUCUUUUCUUUCUUAAUUUUACAAAAUGUUCCCCAUAUUACAUUACAUUAUUAUUGGACUGCACGUGACAAAGGCGAAUAUAUGAAAUGUACGAAGUAAAGGGCUUAUUAUAAUUUUUAUUAAACUUACCAUAAAGUAAGUUAAUCUCUAUUUUAAAUCUCUAUCUCUCCAAGUGUGUGUCGAUGUGAGUGGAAACUUGCGCAGAAAAUUUAAUGACUUGUAACUUGUGAAAUUUUACUAAUAUUAUUGAUCCGAUUGUGCCAGAUCGCGCAACCGUAUGGGCGUACAAUGUUUGCAAUCGACGCGUUGGAGUAUACGAUGGGAUACGUGGUUGCGUUCAAUGUGAUCAUGCGAAAUAUUUCGAGAUAUUUAUGGUUAUUCUUACGAUAUCUGCGUAUGCGUACAUUAAUCGAAUUAAAAAAGUGUACUUAAAAGAUGAGACCGCCUGGCGCGCAAUGGCGGCGAACUCGAGACCAAAAUCUGUAAGUUUUCUGCCUCUCUCUAAAUUCUAUCUAUCUUCCUUGGUACUAAAUUCUCAAUUACAAGAUAUUCAAGUGAAGCUCAGAAACGUGAAAACUCACCUUGUUUUCAAUCAGCAGAUACGACUGUGAAAGCGACAAGAUACUUUUCUUUUUCCUUUAAGUUAACAAUUUAUUCCAGGAUGCAUCUUCAGUCAAAUAUUGAAGGAAAACGAUUGUUCGUUUAUUGCGUAUAAUAUUUAUGUUGCUUGUACUUUUCUUUCUGACAUAUUUUCUGCAACUUUGUUUUUACUUUCCAAAGAAUUACAUUCGCUUUCGCAACAGUGGCAUCAUCGUAUCCGUAAAGCACUUUCGAGUUCUCUCUCUCUCUCUCUCUCUC